AUGAAGAAGACCGUCAAAGUCGCCGUGGUAGGCAGUGGACUGGCUGGAUUGACGGCGGCGUACCUUCUGUCGCACACCGACCGCGAAGAAAACGUAGAGUUCGAGGUACAUUUAUUUGAGAAGAUGAAUACGUUUGGGAUGGAUGCUUCGUCCAUAUCGCUGCCUAUACCUGGGACACAGGACGACUGGCGCGUGGAUGUGCCAAUGAGGUCGUUUCUUGGAGGUGCCUACCCCCAACUCAUCAGGCUCUAUAAAUCCCUGGGUGCCUCAUUCCGUGCAGAUGACUUCACAUAUUCAUUCUCCCAGCUAUCAUCCCAUUCGCAGAAGAUCUCAGCCACUAUGAUCUACAACGGCAGCUCCGGCAAGCGGGGUCUCAGCAUGCCGUCUGCAAUGCGGCCCGACUCGUCUCUGAAGCACGAACCAUGGCUCCUUCGCACUAUUACGUGGAUAUGUUGUUGGGGCCUUUACGCAGCAAUGAUACCGCCGUUAGCGAUUUGCUACCUGCGCCUACUGUGUAUGUCAAUGCCGUUCCUUCGGUCAAAGGACAUCAAGAACAUGACUUUCAAGGAAUGGACCUCCAGGAGCACUCCGAAGGGAAUGGUUUCGAAAUUCUUGAGCCUCGAUGUAGCUUGGAAACAAUUCGUGUCGGAAGUUAUGGUUCCCCUGUUUCUAGCCGUGUGCACAACUUCCGAAGACGAUAUGAUGGAGCAUCCCAUCGAGGAGAUACUUGACUAUAUUUGGUUUCCAUUCGGCACACACCACUAUGUACUGGAAAAUGGCGUCAGGGACGUCGUCCGGCGGCUCAGUACUGGAAUAAAGGAGAUCCACCUCGGGGCGCCCAUAUCAUCAAUCGAACUGGAUGCGCACGACCCUCAUCUCAUCGCGGUUACUUGUGUAACAGGCGGCAUGCAGAAAACCCUCUCUGGCUUCGAGCACGUGGUAUUUGCUACGCAGGCUAACAGAGCUGUCCCCCUUUUGGAAGCGUUCGCUUUGUCGUUGCCAUUAGAAGAAUCGCAUAGGCUGGCCGAGGUGCGCCAGCAGCUGGAUUGCUUGAAGAAAUUCAUGUACCGGACGAGCAUCGUCAUCAACCACACGGACGACAUGAUGCUGCCGGACAGCGUCGUGGACAGAAGGGAUCUGAACUUGGUGCGCUGCAAGUCGGGCUCCUUUGUUACGAAAGCGCGGCCAGAAGACCAUCAAUACUGUGUUUCGCCCAUGCACGCCCAUGCGAUGACGACACACAUUCUGAGGCGGCCGGCGGGGUACCCCACGCCCGUGUACCAAACGACGAACCCCAUAAUUCCACCGCGAACCGACAGCAUCCUCAGCGUCUCCAAACUCGAACGAGCAGUGGUUACCAUGGACUCCAAGCACGCGCUGAAGGGGCUGUACAUCGAGGACGAUAAAGGCACAGGGCGGUUGGGCAGGUUGCAGGGGAUAGGACAGCAUAACGGCGGGGCGCGCAUUUGGUUCUGCGGUGCGUACGCUUGUAAGGGUAUUCCACUACUGGAGGGAUGUGUGGUUAGUGCGAGAUUGGUGGCUGAGGAAAUUCAGAGGCGGGCAGGGGUGAAGAUCAAGGACAAGUGGUAG